AUGUGGUACAAUCGACUCAGCGAGUAUUUACUCAAAGAAGGAUAUGUGAAUAAUCAAGUUUGUCCAUGCAUUUUCAUCAAGAAAUCAAAAUCUGGAUUUGCCAUUAUAGCUGUAUAUGUUGAUGAUCUAAAUCUUGUGGGAACUCCUGAAGAGUUCACCACGACUGCUAAUUAUUUAAAGAAAGAAUUCGAAAUGAAAGAUCUUGUCAACUUACUAGCACGGUAUAAUUCUGCACCAACUCGAAGACAUUGGAAUGGAGUCAAACACAUUAUGCGUUACCUUCGGGGAAUGACUGAUAUGAGAUUGUUUUAUUCAAGACAAUUAAAGCCCCAGUUGAUCGAAUAUGCAGAUGCAGGUUAUCUUUCUGACCCUCACACAGCCCGAUCACAAACAGGGUACUUGUUUACUUGUGGUGGUACUGCUAUAUCAUGGUGA